CAUUUUUCCUCUCUGGUAUCGUAGGARUACUGAACGGUACGAAUAAGAGUACGGGUUCGUAUUUCCUUCGUUCCUCGUCAGCAUCACUCUGUUAUUAUUAUCAUCUAAUCUUGUUCCAACGGUACGAAGAGAAAUUGGAUUUGAUUAUCUCGUACCAAAGAACUAAAGAUUAAAAGGGAUUCUYAGAGAUAAAUGACAACGAAAUAAGAGAGUUGAGACGACCUCCUGAAAUGAAUCACGAUCGCGACGCGGUCGACCGAGAGGACGAUGAAGUUUGCUGGAGUGAGUUUCAAGAAGAGGUGAGCGAGAUGACGCCCGGUACACCCUUCUCCCCGAUUAUGUUUGAAAAGUCUCGACCAAAAAACAUUWCUGGUGAUUCCGAUGCUUCUCGCCAGGACAUAGAAACGUUCGGUUCGUCGAUGGAGAUGGAUGACAAUGCCGCAGCCAGAGUCCUCCUUUCGACGAUUCAACAGCSCCUUCCGCCUCCGAUUCCACCAYCCCAAGCGUCGCAAGCCGAGAAAGACCGAGAAGGUUAUAUUCAAAGUCACGAGGAUGCAAAGAUUUUGGCGAUAUCUAGGCAAAGUCAAAACAGCAAUCGCAGUCGUAUGGAACCGAAACCUUCACGCGUGCCCUUUCAGCCCACGGGGGACUACCAAUCAAGGAGAUCACAGCCAACUACGAUCGAAACCGGAUUGGAUAGUCAAUCGGAAAGGCWGGAUGCAGCACUAGACAUSAGAUGCAUUGAGGGUUCUAAUCGAAGCGGUCCUUACGGUAGAAGAACUUAUCAUGACGACCAAAUUAUAGAUGACGAYACUUUGGGUUCCAAUAGAAUGGAAUAUCUCCCUUCUCGUCAUUUUCAGGUGUCCGCUGCCGAUAAGUCUCUGGUUCUGCAAUCAUCUUUUUAUGGUUCAGCUAGAGCCGCAAGAGACUCUAUUCGAAGACCCUCAAGCAUUGAUGGACAACAGGAACAGCAACAUUACGUCAAUUCUAUGAGAGCCGAGCUGGAAUCUCCUUCAAACGGAAGCUAUCACAGUCAAGGUAGUGCGUAUACGUUCACAAGUGAUCAUAGCGCAAGAUCUUAUAGAGCUGGCCCUUUUCGCCAAAAUUCUACGAACUCAAGCAUGCUUUAUGGUGAAGAAAUAGAUUUGGAGGCAGACGUGGCGAUGGCAGAGGCUGGUUACCGCCAACGCCAACAGGUUUAUCAAAGGGCCGAUAGCGGGUAUUUCAUUGGCAAUACAGACUCCACCAGCCAGCACAAUUUGUCAAAUUUGUUUGGAAUGCAAAUCGGUGGCGGUAGUCCUUUUAGCACGGGAGUGAGAUACRGUGGAGGGCAUUCSAUGUUGUCCUCUCAUGGCUUCAUACAACUUAAUCAGGAGCAGUAUCAUGGCAACGGGAACRCUGCCCCAUUCACAUUUGGGGUAACAUCGGAACACAUUUCUAAUGUGAGAGAACACGCUAACAAACUUGGGAAAGGUGCAAAGAAGGGUGCACUCACAAUGAUGGAACAAGUGACUGUUGCGGCCAAACACAUCAUGAACAAGUACUAUCGACCGCCACUUUCUCCGCGUUCGAAGGAGCUCAAUGACUUGGAAUUUCUACAGCGAAGACACAAGGAAAAAUUUGAAAAGUAUAGAUCUCCGAACGACGAUUCUAACGAGGAAGAAGAUGAUAAUUUCUUUGACUUUGUCCUAGUCCUAAAGUCCGAAAAAGCUUAUGAAUAUUGGGCAGAGCUGUUGGAUUUCCGAGGCGAGUACUCGGAAGACAUUAUAUCACCUUGUGGAGGCUCUCCCACUGCAACUGGGUCGAGCUCUGGUGGCGAAGAUGCUACUUCUGCUGUUGAAAAUAAGAAAGCGAAUUUCGAUGAAAUUGUUCGGAGUCCAGAAAGUGAUGAUAAUGAGAAUUUAUCAACACCUCGUACAGGAUUGCUUCGGCGCAGACGAGCAAAAACGCCAUCCUCAAAUAGCAAGAGUCCAAGAUUUAGUUUGUUACGUUCGGCCUCUCAAAAUUUCGACAGCCAYCACAAAUCUCAAUCUUCUCGAUCGAAUACGACGCAGUUUAGAGGAACGCCCUUGAUGAAACAAGCAAGUCGGAUGAGUAUAUUUGAACAAUUGAUACAGAGUCCAACUAUAAGUGGUCGAAGUCGAACUUUUUCUCAACACAGCUACUACAGUCGAAGUAACUCGUCAAAUGGCAGAAAUGAACAGGGUGUCAUYAC